GACAAGCACUCCAACUUCCUGUUAUAUGUUUACAUCAACUAUUCACAGAGGGAGGUACCAUUUCUUUGCUUAGAAAAGUGUUUUCUUAAACUUAAUGCCUCGCAAAAAGCCGUUUAGUUCAAAGCAAAAGAAACUCCAGUUGCAAGAAAAGCGUAGACGAAAGAAAAGGGAGGAUGACAGCAGUGAUGAUAGUGAAAAAGACCAUUCAGCCAGCAAAGAUACAUCUAGGUUAGAGGUCAACAAACAACCUGUAAAUAUCGGGACUGAGAAAUAUGAUCCUAACAGAUACAGACUUCAUUUUUUCAAAGAAAGUAGAGAUGAAAUAAAUGCAAGAAAAUUGCGGGCAAAGAAGGAACCAAUUAAACCUAAGAAAGAGGCAGAUUUGGAAGUUGAUUUUGAGAGUGUCUACAGACCAGGGUCGGUUUUAGAUAUUCCUAAGAGACCACCAUGGGAUUACUCCAUGUCAAAAGCACAGCUAGAGGCCAGGGAAGAAAAGUAUUUCCAGAAAUAUAUCCAUGGAAUUAUGGAGGAACACUCCCCUAAAGAGCUGAGUUAUUUUGAAAUGAACUUGGAGACCUGGCGACAGCUUUGGAGGGUGCUGGAGAUCUCAGAUGUUCUUCUCCUUAUUGUAGAUGUUAGAACUCCAGUCUUACACUUCUCCCCUGCGUUAUACAGUCAUGUCACACAAACUCUGAGGAAGUCUAUGAUACUGGUUAUCAACAAAAUAGACCUCGCUCCAAGGGCAUUAACUGUGGCUUGGAAACACUAUCUCAAGACUAAAUUCCCAGAACUCAAAAUUGUCCUGUUUAGUUCUAACCCAUCAGAGGCAGCUUUUGCUAAAGGUGGUGAGCUACAGCAACAAAGGAGAGUUUUUAAAAGGGGAAGAAUCAACAGAUAUACAGACUCAGUAGGACCACUGCAACUUCUCAGAGUUUGCCAAGAAAUUGUUGGAAAUAAAGUUGACUUGUCAAGCUGGGAGGAAAAAAUUCAUGCAUAUGCAGACCAAGAAGAGGAUGUCGUGGACGAGUCUCCUCCAUCAGAAGAAAAAGAGGGUCAUGAGAUGUUUAAGGGGGGCGUUCUAACUAUAGGUUGUGUAGGAUAUCCUAAUGUUGGAAAAUCUUCCCUUUUGAAUGGAUUGGUGGGCAGGAAGGUUGUGAGUGUUUCUAAGACCCCGGGCCACACCAAACAUUUCCAGACAAUCCUCCUGACACCUACAGUCAAGCUCUGUGACUGUCCAGGGCUAGUCUUCCCAUCUCUGGUAGAUAAAUCAUUGCAGAUUAUUGCUGGAAUUUUUCCAAUUGCUCAAGUUAGGGAGCCAUAUUCUGUGAUUGGAUUCUUGGGAGAAAGAAUUAAUUUGCCAAAGCUGCUGAAUUUGAAACAUCCAGAUAUCGAAGAUGGAGAUGAGUGGACCGCCUUUGAUGUUUGCGAAGCUUGGGCCUUGAAGAAAGGGUUUUUAACAGCCAAGGCAGCCCGACCAGAUGCCUACAGGGCUGUAUCAUUUCAAAGGAUGGCUCUGGUGUACACAUGCCUUUGUUUGAGGCCUCCGGGCUACACUGCUGACCAGGAAUUAUGGAUCCACCACCAGGAAACUAAGCAGUUGUCAGAGGAACUAAGUAAAUUUGAGGUCAGGGAUGAAGAAGAAAGUGAAGGGGAGAGCACUGAUGAAGAAAUUCAGCAAGCUGAAGUUUUUGAAAAGGGAGAUAACUCUUCCGAGAGUGAGGAAGAAUCUGAGGAGGGGGGCCUAAUGUCAGGGACAAACCCCUUUGCUGCCCUGGCAGGGGAUAACUAGUCAUUGAUACAUUGAUUCCAUUUAUAAUCAGUGUUUUACAUGUAUUCAAAUCAGGUUUCCAAUUUAUUGAAUGGUUUGAUAAUUUUUGAAAUGUGAGUAGUACUACUAGUAUCUACAGAAUUUAUGCAAUGUACCGGUAUAGUAAAACAUUGAAGUUUAUUGCUGUUUUUGAAUAAAGGGAUACAAUGUACAUGUAUAUGAUUAUGUUAA